AUGAAGCUUCCAGAGUCAUGCCACAAGGAUCCUAGAAUGCAUGAAUGGAUCACAUACGGUGAGCCUCAAGUACCGUAUUUAGUUACAGUUGACGGUAGUCAAGGGAUCACUCGCAAGGAGCUUUACACUAUUAAGCUCACAGCGCAGUUUCUUGCGCGGUACGGAACGAGUUUUCAAAGCAGUUUGAUGAUCAAGAAGAGGGGUAUGGAGGACGAUCGGUUUGAGUUUAUGAACCAAACUGAUUCCAGGUUCGAUUAUUUCAACCGUCUCGCUGCUGCGUAUUCCGAAAAGGAUGGGAGUGAUCUUACUGAGUGUACGGAUGCUGAUCUUGAAGGUUUUUUCCGUCGUCUUGAGAGGGAUAGUCGCGAGGAACUGGAGGAGAUGGAAAGCCAGAAGAAGGGAGUUAUGGAGUAUCAGGAGGCGUUGGACAAGGAGAAGAAAGGUGUGGAGGUGGCUCUGAUUGAUCUGCUUGAAUUUGAUUUGUUGUCGAAACUUGGAUAUCCUAAAAGGAUGAUGGACCGACCACCAUCACAAAUUCAGACUGAGGAGAAAUCCUAA